GAAGCCGUCAAAUCCAAGUUUAGAUGCGGGAGCCAGAACGCGUCAGUCCAGGCUUCUAAACGUUUCGGAUAUUUUUCUUUUUUCCUUCGACACACAAGGUCGAAACAUUCUUAUGCUUUCUUUGAUGUGCAUGUUUUGUCACGGUGAGUGCUGUUGAUGGAGGUGAGCAGGAGCUAUCUUUGGUCUCGCAGGUAAUUGGAUUUCAAGAAUACCCUUUAUUCAGGAACGCUACGACGAGAUACUGCGUUCAAUCGAUUUCGUAAAGAAGAUAUUGUGGUCUGCAUCACUCUUAGGAAAUUUGAUUGUUUUAUGAUGACGGAGAAUAACGAAAAAGAGAACGAACCCCAAAACCAGGACUUUCAGCGCUCACCGGCUUCAGGACCGAUCCAGCCCGAAUCAAAGCUCCAGCGAUUGAAGCGCUCUCUUUCUUUCAAGUCGGUCAUGAGAAGUAAAAGUGUUGAGAACUUCUUCCAGCGCACCAACAACGAAGCUCGGCGUUAUCCAGACUUCAUCUCUGAACAUCCUUCACCUGCUCUGCAACCUCCAUCUCCACCAUUUCAGGAGUGUCCCCUGCCAUUUGAUCGUUCACCAUCACUGUCACCAUCGAUCAGCCCCAACCCAUCGCUGUCAUCACAGUCUCCCGCUGUCAGUCCCUCCAUCUCUCUCAGUUCUAAAUCCUCACUCCAAUCACAGUCCUGCCAAGAGAAGAAACACUUUUUUCAGGAAUAUGUGUUUCGCCGACCAACUGUUUGUCAGCUGUGCAAACAAAUGAUAAUAGGGAACUCUAAGCAGGGUUUGCGGUGUAAAUCAUGUAAAAUAGGAGCUCAUCUCUGGUGUUCCUCUGAGCUCUCCCAACAAGCCUGCCAUGGCAAGUCAGGUGUUUUCAAAAGGAACUUCAGUUCUCCUCUUCUCACUUAUGAUCACUUUGGUAUGGCUAAAGAUGCUUCGCCCACUCAAGAUCAGGGUAAGAGUGCUGUGGACCCGGUGUAUGAAGCAUUACGAUACGGAACAUCUCUUGCGCACAUGAGUCGAUCCAACUUUGGAAGUAUCUCAGAAUCGCCGUGUCACCAGGGUAAAGGAGUAGGAGAGAGUUUAGAAAGUCAAACUAUCACUGAAGAGGAGUGUGUUGCUGAUGCUGAAGCUGUCUCUCUAGCUGACAGUGAAAUAUCAGAGGAUAGAGUCAGUUUAAAGGCCCCUAAACGCAUUGAAGUGCACUCCAUACACACGUACGUGGUGUUGUACAAGUUCCUUCCUCAAGAGAAACACGACCUGGAGCUACAGCCAGGUGAUCGUGUUCAGGUGACAGAUGACUCGAAUGAGGAUUGGUGGAAGGGUAAAUGUCGUGAUAAAGUCGGCUUUUUCCCAGCUAACUUUGUGCAAAGAGUCCGUCCUGGAGAGAGGGUGUGGAGGGUGACUCAGAGUUACCAUGGUAACAAAGACAAAGGACAGAUGACCAUCAAAGAGUUUCAGAUCUGUGUUGGUAAAGGAGAAGAGAAUGAUGGUUUCCUGAAGUUGAGCAGUAGUAAGAAGCGUGGUCUGGUUCCCCAAAGGUGUUUGGAGGAGAUAUGAGGCCUGUUUUUGUACGUCCUGAACGGGAAACGUGAGAGAACAUAUGGAAUGAAUCUGCUUCACCUCUCCAUGUGUAACACACUGCAGCAACUGAUCAAGCAUGCAUCCCCACACACACACGCUUUACCUGUAGAGCACCAGAUACCAGAAACCUGCGGUGAGACAUGCAGGAGAUCAGCAGGGAAACAGAAGUUCAUGCGACUUUGCAUGGCCUGCAUUCCGACCUCUGAACUCUUAUAGAUGUAAACAAGAGGACAGCGUGAACCCGAAAUGGACAGACAGACAGACAGACAGACAGACAGACAGACAGACAGACAGAUAGCUAGAUAGAUAGAUAGA